AAAUUUGGGCCGAGUAUAUGGGCUGAUACAUUUCUUUUUCUGACCACAGAAGUCCUCCUUCUCUCUGACCACAAAGCAAAGGAAGCGUCUUGGUGGUGGACUGGAAAGGAAGCGUCUUCGUGUUGGUUUUCUGCAAAAAAAAAAAAAAAAAAAGAAGAUAUGCCUGGGAUUCGCGGACCUUCAGAUUACUCGCAAGAACCAUCUCGUGACCCUUGUCUCAAAAUCAACGCAAAGGAGCCGUUCAAUGCUGAGCCACCUCGCUCCGCCUUAGUUCAAUCUUACGUCACUCCCGUCCAUCUUUUCUACAAGCGAAAUCACGGCCCCAUUCCCAUUAUCGAUCACAUCGACAACUACUCCGUGUCUGUCACCGGACUGAUCGAUAACCCAACAAAGCUCUUCAUCAAAGACAUCAAGUCCCUGCCCAAGUACAAUGUCACUGCCACUCUACAGUGUGCGGGUAACAGAAGAACUGCUAUGAGCAAAGUCAGGAAUGUUAGAGGGGUUGGUUGGGAUGUUUCUGCCAUUGGCAACGCUGUGUGGGGUGGGGCCAAAUUGGCCGAUGUUCUUGAGCUUUUGGGCGUUCCGAAGCUCACUGGCUCCACCAGGUUAGGUGGCAGACAUGUUGAGUUUGUCAGUGUUGAUCGCUGCAAGGAGGAGAAUGGUGGGCCUUACAAGGCGUCAAUCCCUCUUAACCAAGCAACAAACCCUGAAGCCGAUGUUCUACUCGCUUACGAGAUGAAUGGAGAGAUCCUGAACAGGGAUCACGGGUAUCCGUUAAGGCUGGUUGUCCCGGGUGUGAUUGGUGCUCGUUCCGUCAAAUGGCUUGAUUCCAUCAAUGUAAUCGCUGAAGAAUGCCAGGGCUUUUUCAUGCAAAAAGAUUACAAAAUGUUCCCACCUUCUGUCAAUUGGGACAAUAUUGACUGGUCCUCAAGGAGGCCCCAAAUGGAUUUCCCUGUUCAGAGUGCAAUCUGCUCUUUGGAGGACGUGCAAAUGGUGAAGCCUGGAAAGGUAAGCAUCAAAGGAUAUGCGGUUUCUGGAGGUGGGCGAGGGAUCGAGCGAGUGGAUAUAUCAAUGGAUGGAGGCAAAAGCUGGGUGGAAGCUUCUAGAACACAGGAACCAGAAAAGGAUUACAUCUCUGAGCACAGCUCUAGUGACAAAUGGGCGUGGGUGUUGUUUGAAGCCACUAUUGAUGUCUCCCAGAGUACCACCGAGGUCAUCGCCAAAGCGGUGGAUUCGGCGGCCAAUGUUCAGCCGGAAAAUGUGGAGUCAGUGUGGAACUUAAGAGGGGUGCUCAAUACAUCGUGGCACCGUGUCCUGCUCCGUCUUGGCCACUCUAACUUGUAGAUCAUCAAGUUACCCACCGCUUUGUCUGCCCUCUCCUUUUACCUCUUUUUCGGUUUCAAAAACUAUGUGUGUGCCUGUGGAUAUGUGAACAAAAGUUUGGGUUUUAGUUUAAUAAGUGAGAAAACUCACCUGUGAAUGUGAUAACUCCGAGCUUUUGGUUGGUAAAUUAUAAGUUAUACCUUUUACAUCCAACCACGGUUUACAUUA